AGCUGCGCGCUAUAAGCAACAUGCGCACGCGUAUUGUGAGGCAUAAUGGUGGAUAGGUAGGCAACAUAUUUACCUCGCAAGAGUCCAUCAACUUUUCAUUAAUUUCAAACAGAACAAAUUCUCGUAUCGACACUAGUUGUACAGAGCUUUACAGGGCUACUACCACGUUUUAGUCACACCAGGCUUUUUUCAAAAUGCCCAACAUUAAGAUAUUCAGCGGCAGCUCGCAUCCGGACCUAUCUCAAAAGAUAGCUGACCGCCUUGGACUGGAACUUGGAAAGGUUGUGACGAAGAAAUUCAGCAACCAGGAGACAUGCGUGGAGAUAGGGGAGAGUGUGCGUGGAGAGGAUGUCUACAUCGUACAGAGUGGCUGUGGGGAGAUCAACGAUAAUUUAAUGGAGCUCCUCAUAAUGAUUAACGCCUGCAAGAUCGCCUCAGCAUCCAGGGUCACAGCCGUCAUCCCCUGUUUUCCGUACGCCCGACAAGACAAGAAGGACAAGGUGGGGAGCCGUGCUCCCAUCUCUGCAAAGUUGGUGGCCAACAUGUUGUCCGUGUCUGGGGCGGACCACAUCAUCACAAUGGAUUUGCAUGCCUCUCAGAUACAGGGCUUCUUUGAUAUUCCUGUGGACAACCUGUACGCCGAGCCCGCCGUGCUGAAGUGGAUCAAGGAGAACAUCAGCGAGUGGAAGAACUGCACCAUCGUGUCCCCCGACGCAGGCGGAGCCAAGAGGGUCACGUCGAUAGCGGACAGGUUGAACGUGGACUUUGCCCUGAUCCACAAGGAGAGGAAAAAGGCCAACGAGGUGGACCGCAUGGUGCUGGUCGGAGACGUGAAGGAUCGGGUCGCCAUUCUCGUGGAUGACAUGGCCGACACCUGUGGCACGAUCUGCCAUGCUGCUGACAAAUUGAUUUCCGCUGGUGCCACAAAGGUUUACGCCAUUCUUACACAUGGCAUCUUCUCUGGUCCGGCCAUCUCGCGUAUCAAUAAUGCCUGCUUCGAAGCCGUGGUGGUCACCAACACCAUCCCUCAGGAGGAGAAGAUGAAGCACUGCAACAAGAUACAGGUGAUUGACAUCUCCAUGAUCCUGGCUGAGGCCAUCCGCAGGACCCACAACGGAGAGUCUGUGUCGUACCUGUUCAGCCACGUCCCCUUGUAACCCCACACCCUCCUGUCAGCCGUUUCGCUGUCGCACCAAAUAUAAGAUAAAAGGGAUGAUCUGCCCCGGCCAAACACAACCAUUAUCAAAGCUCUGCUGCUAACCAACUAUCAAACCACAAUUUGAGCAGUUAUGUCUGUUGCUAAUAUGGACUCCAUUAACAAAAGUCCCACUUGGCCUCUUGAGCAGCCACCCUUUAGCCUGGACCCUUGGGCAUAUAAAAAGCAAUUGAUUCCAAGCUAGAGAUUUUGGCUGGUGUUUUAAUUGUGUAUGGCUGAAUUAAGUCUAUCUACUGUGAAUGUUCUCUUCUUCCUUCCAACAGUACUUUGACCUGGCACCAUUGCCCUGUUAGAAAUAAGUCUACGGCCCUUUUAAAUUUGAAUAUUAUAUAUAUAUCCAUUUAUCUCUCGCGCACGCACAUACCUUACCCCCCACCCCUGUUGGUUCAAGUGGUCAGCAUAAGGCUUUUGGCCAAAAUAAAGCUGUUACAAUGUUGUGGCAAUGUUACAAAGACUGAAGUUCAAUGGCCACAGUUUAGACCUUUCACAUUGCUUUGGGAAAUAUCAGCAUUUUUGGGUUAGUUUGAAGGCAACUGUUUGCUUGUUGUUGAAUGUGUUUAAAUAAAUCUAGUUUACAUUACAAACUGAAGCCCCACUCACCAAGUGUGCCUCAGAAGAAAGUAGGUUUUAUUUUUUUUUGUCUCCACGUAGUAAUGUUAUCCAUUAAGGGCUUUUUAUGGUUCCCGCAACGCAAGGGGGUUACGGACCCCUUACGUCCUCGUGUACCCUCCUUGCGUCCACCGCAAGGGCCGGACGUGCGCCUCCCAAAAAUCGUAACCUUCUGUCGAGGCGACACAGCAGCAAGGGCUGUGAUUGGUCCGCUUACCAAAACCCGGCGCAGAACCAUAAACGUUUACGACUGCGUCGAAGCGUCUGCGUGGUCAUUGCGUUGCGGGAACGUGGAACCAUAAAAAGUCCUUUAGGCUAAGACGCAGAUAACCUGGGGAAUAAAAGAACAUUGUUUACUUUGGCUCUAUAUACAAGGUAACCUUUUGAUGGGUGAUUCAAGGAAAAGUAUGAUCAAAUCUCUCGGCCAAUUAAAAAAGGGAUUAUUUUUAUGGGUUGAUAAGGUAGACACUUUGAAUCUUGCUAGAUGCAGUCCCCAACAAGUUCAGUAUGAAGCUAGGUAAAAAAAAAAAGAAUAUUCCCAGGGUCUAUACAAAGUAUAGACGUUGCUAGGUUUGGCUCAUUGUUCUGGAUAACAUUUUUUGUUUAUAUUACCUCAACUGUACCUUCAACCAAUUAAACUUGACAAUGAUUAAUGCUAAA